GCCUUCUCCUCUGGAUCUGUUUUACUGACUCAGUCAUGAGAACUGCUGGUUCAUUCAGGAACUGUUCAAACUGGGAUAUAAAAUGAUCUAUUUGGGUUGUUCUGGUUUCUGACUGACAGGAAGGUCAAGAUGUUGCUGUUGUUUGGGAUCCUUCUGUCGGUUUCCCAGCAUGCCCUAGGUGGGGUGGUUGAGGUGAAUGAAGGGGCAGAGUCUGUGGUGCUGCGCUGUCGCUACUCUUAUGGUGUAUCUGAGGUUAAUCCCUCAGUUUUAUGGUCAAGAAAUGAUCUCAACCCCAAAGUUAUCCACCUACAAAGAGAACAAGGUAAUGAUCAUAAAGACCAAAACCAGGUUUACAGACGACGGACCUCAAUGGAGCCUGACGCUCUGGAAACCGGAGACUUUGACCUGACUGUGAGAAAACCUCAGCUGGCUGACAGUGGAAACUACACCUGCAGCAUGUCUGAUGGAAGAGCAGAGCUGAAGCUGGCUCAAGUUCAGCUGAAGGUCAAAGACAACCUCAUAGAGGUGAAGGUGAAUGAAAAGGCGGAGUCUGUUGUCCUGCCCUGUAAAACCACAGCUGGCCUAAAGGAGAACACAGUGGUGGAGUGGAUCCGUUCUGAUCCAGAUUUUAGGAUUGUUCAUGUGUUUUCCAACACAAGUGAACGCAACACCAAACAGGAUGGCCUUUACCGCGGCCGCACUGAGAUGAACGCUGACCUGCUGAGGUCCGGUGACCUCAGCCUGACCCUGAAGUUCCCCACAGAGAGAGACAAUGGCAGCUACAUCUGCACCGUCUACAGAGACGAGGACAUCCUGAGGCAGACAGUGGUACUGCACCAUGUCGCAGAAGAGCCGUUUCCAACAUGGGCCUCAGGACUCUUGAUAUCUGUGGUUCUUGUGUUGGUGGUUGUUGGAGGAUGCAUCUAUUGGUAUUAUUUCUAUCCUAGAUCUGUUCACCACGUGAAGGUGGAAUCAGGAUCAGAGUCUGUCCUGCUGCGCUGCUGGUUUCCAUUUUACGUGUUUCAGGAUGUUAGAGUGGAGUGGACAGACAGCCGUGGAAAGAAAGUCUAUGUUUAUCAGAAUGGUCUGGACUCAUCUAAUGACCAAGACAAGGCUUACAAAGGAAGAACAGAAAUGAAUAAAGACUGGCUGAAGCUUGGGGUCUUCAAUCUGACCCUAAAGUACCCCUCAUAUGCAGACAGAAACACCUAUACCUGCACUGUCUACAACAGGAAGGGAAAGGAUCUGAAGAAAAAACAGGUGAUGCUUAAGGUCAAAGUGGACCAGGUGUUGGCGGAUUCAGGAGAAGAGUCUGUCACCUUGCCAUUUAAAAUCUCAGCUGACCUUCCUAAAGAUGCUAAAGUGGAGUGGAGGGACAAGAAAAAAUGGACCAUGUAUGUGUUUCAGAAUGGUUCUUAUCAGCCCAAUCAACAACACUGGUAUUAUAAAGAAAGAACAGAGAUGAAGAAAAAUCCCCUAGAAGAUAAAGAUCUCAGCCUGACAGUGAAAUAUCUGAGAGAAUCCGACCACCUCACCUGCACCGUCUAUGACAAGGAGGGAAAAAUCCUCCUGAGGAGGGAGGUUGAUCUUCAUGUCAAAGUCCUUGAAAUAGAGGUGAAACCAGGGGUGGCGUCUGUCCGGCUGCCUUUUGAAACCCAAGAUACGAUGAACUGCAAGGACAUUGAAGUGGAAUGGAUGAACAGCAGAGAUAGGAAGGUUCUUAAAUAUCAACCUGGUUCAGACCAACAUGAAGACCGGUUGAACUCCUACACAUGCCGAACAGAAUUAAAUAAAGACCGGAUGAAAACUGGAGACUUCAGUCUGACAUUGAAAUACCCAACAGACUGGGACACUGACACCUACACCUGCAAAGUCUACGGAAAGGAGGGAACCAUCCUGAAGAAGAAAGAAGUGGGGCUAUGUGUCGAAGAGCAUCAGGUGGAGGUGCAGGACACAAACGUCCAGCUUCCCUUCAGGACAACGGCUGAGCUGCUGAAAGAAUGCAAAGUGGUGUGGCUGCAGGUUGAACCCAAAUACAGAGAAAUUCAUGUGUGGGAGAAUGGAUCUGACCAACCCGGAGGGCAAAAGACAUUUAGAGAAAAAACCAACAUGAAAGGAAACCCCAUUAAAACCGGAGACCUCAGUCUGACCUUGGAAAACUUCACAAAGGACGAUUUAGGGAAAUAUAAAUGUAUAAUUUAUGAAAAGCAAGGGAGGAUUCUGCAAGAGAAAACUCUUCAAGUUCAAAUGACAGGGACUAUUCAGGUCCAGAACCAACCAGCGAACAUCAGGACCAGACACAGCUCCGUUGACCCGACUCCUCUCAUGGGCUGACCAGUCAGUCUCAUGACCCGACCUGAGAAAUGUCUGCUACCAAUGGAAACUGGCGACUUCCAGUCUUUAAAAACUGUUAUGGCCAAAAAUAAUUUUUCUACAUCUAAAGCAUGAAAUACAUUUUACAACACAUAAAGUCCAUCUCCACACCGGCACUCCUUAAGAAGACUGAUGUGGAUCAUCAGUUGGAUGCCCAGGUGUACACUGUGUAAACGUUGCUUUUCUUCUGUUUUGUAAAUUAAUAUGUCUGCGUAUCUGCAGUGUAUAUAAAUAAUGGAUAUCUGUAUGAUUUUCCUAUCAGGAAGCUGCUGUGAAACAGCAUUUAUGCUGAGUCAGGCCUGAUUUGUUAAAACUUUUUUCUGCUUAAAAACAUUU